UAUACACAUUAAAUUAUUUUAAAUUUUAGAUAUGGUGUUUGUAAGGAGAAAACGAGUCACUGACCCGUUCGACGACGAAGCCAAAGCUCGCCUUGUUGGCGGCGAUCACCGGAAAUUGAGCUACGACAGCAGCGGGAGCGAACAUUCCGGCACCGGCGAUGGCGACGAGAACUCUCCGUGUCUCUCCGAGCUCGUGCAUAAUUUCCUGGAGGACAACGGAAACGAGGAUGAGUCAGUAGGUGACGAGUUCGACUCGGAGCGAGUCGACUCAGUCUCCGAAUGCAUGGACUCGGUGGUGGAAGCGCUCAUGUUAACCGCAACGAACAAUGUGAGCGAUCCUUACAGAGCGUUGCUCCACGCACACGUUCUUGAAGCCACUGAGAGGUUCGCGUUUAUGAGGGAGCAAAACGCAUCGUCGUUUCGACGAAGCGUGUUGUCGUUUUUGCGUGAGAGAGGGCACAAUGCAGCGAUAUGCAAGACAAGGUGGGAUUCUUCCUCCGGAGUGGUCACAGCGGGGAACUACGAGUUCAUCGACGUGGUGCAAUCUGGACCGUCCACGUGGCGGCAGAACAGGUACUUCGUGGAUCUCGAUUUCGCCGUUCAGUUUGAGAUCGCAAGGGCUAGUAAUAGUUACUCUGAAGUUCUGAGCAAUGUUCCCAGAAUAUUCGUUGGGACAGCAGAAGAGCUGAAACGCACCGUUUUGGCGUUGUGCGAAGCUGCGAAACGGUGUUUCAGGAGCAAGGGGCUCUCGGUGCCACCUUGGAGAAAGAACCGGUUCAUGCAGGAAAAGUGGUUCGGUCCGUAUAGAAGGACGACGAAUCCGGUUCAUGGAAACCCGGUUCCCGCGGUUGUUGAUGGAGUGACCGGUGCUAAAUGCAGGUUCGUUGGAUUCAACGACGCCGUUUUGGAAGCCAGACGCGGCGGUGUUUUUGUCGAUUGAUCACAAUUUUGUUAUUAAUAUUAUUUUUCUUUUUUUUUUUCGGAUGAUCAGAUUUGGCAUUAUCGCGCUGUUAGAUCGACUCUGUAAAUCAGGCUUUUUCUUUUUUAUUUUCCUUUUUUUUCCCCUCAAUGAUCUGCAAAGUCUUUGAGCCUUGUUUCAUAUAUUAAUAAAAUGAAAUAAGAUUUUGAUUCAU